GGACCAGUGGCUUCCAGGGCACGACUGACGGAGUCACGUGACUGCAGGAGUCUUUGGGGUCCCAGUACGUGGCGUUAGCGGUCGCUGCGAUGGGCUCUGUGGUGGACAUUAAGCUGAAGCGAGCGAACAAAGUUUAUCAUGAGGGGGAAACUCUGUCUGGAGUAGUUAUUUUCUCCAGUAAAGAAGCCAUUCAGCACCAGGGAAUCACCUUGGCCAUGGAUGGAGCCGUUAGCCUGCAACUCAGUGCAAAGAGUGUUGGUGUAUUUGAAGCUUUCUACAAUUCUGUCAAGCCAAUCCAGCUUAUCAGCAAUAGCAUAGAGGUAACCAAGGCAGGAAAGCUUCCAAGUGGCCGGACAGAAAUUCCUUUUGAAUUCCCUCUAAAGGUAAAAGGCAGUAAAGUUAUGUUUGAGACAUACCAUGGUGUCUUCGUAAAUAUUCAGUACACCCUCCGUUGUGAUGUGCGUCGGCCAUUGCUUGCCAAAGACUUGACCAAGAGUUGCGAGUUCAUUGUGCAUUCGUUGCCUCAAAAGGGGAGGCUAACCCCCAGCCCUGUGGAUUUUAACAUCACCCCUGAUUCUCUACAAAACAUCAAAGAUAGGACUACGCUACCUCGAUUUGCAAUCCGUGGCCGCCUCGAUUCCACAAACUGUGUCAUCACACAGCCGCUCACGGGAGAAUUAGUGGUAGAAAACUCGGAUGUACCCAUCAAAAGCAUUGAACUUCAGCUAGUCCGUGUGGAGACCUGUGGUUGUGCAGAAGGUUAUGCAAGAGAUGCCACUGAAAUUCAAAACAUCCAAAUAGCUGAUGGCAACAUCUGUCGAAGCCUAUCCAUCCCUAUCUACAUGGUGUUUCCUCGACUUUUUACUUGCCCCACACUGGAAACAACCAAUUUCAAAGUUGAAUUUGAAGUGAACAUUGUGGUGAUUCUCCAGGAUGACCAUCUGAUCACUGAAAAUUUCCCGCUUAAAAUCUACCGGUUUUGAAUUUCGGAGGGAUGGAGUGAUUGACUGUCGAUGAUGUGGCAUUCACUAUUAAAGAAGAAUGACUUUGAUCUGAUGAAAAUGAGUUCGCAUUCCGUUUUGAAAAACCCAUUUCCUAUAAAACCUAGCCAGUGUUUGAUUGGCAUGCACCUUUUGAGAAAUUGAGAUUUGUCUUUUCUUAAAUAAACAUUUGCACAUUG